AUGGCGACUGUCCCUCCACGCCUCCUCAAAUCCCUCAAUCGUCUCCGAUGUUCAAUAUUCCAAACUUCAUUCAACCCAACUUCCCGACGAACAGGCGCUAAAUACCUCAAAUCGCGUCUUCGCGGCCCGUCCAUGGUCGAAUACUACCCUCCUCGCGACGAACAUUCCAUCGGCGCGCUCAACAGGAUGUAUCCGGGUUGGAACCUUGUUGAUAUCGAGGAAGUACGGAGGAAUAUCUCUAUACAGGAGCAUAAGGAUAGAGGGAAGGGUGCUCCGAAGAAGGCUAAGAAUAAGGAGGAAUCUCGUCGUGUAAAGAAGAAGCGGUAG